UCCAGAAGAGCCCUUCCUCCGUUGGCAGGUCGACUUCCUCACCCAGGGGUCUCGCCCUGCCUUGGAUGGCCGCCCUCCAAGUCCUCCACCUGCCUCCAGUGACUUCGACCCCACAUCGAUCCCUUCCUCCCGAGAACCAUGGAGUCCGCUCCCUCUUCGGAGGCGGACCCUCCGACUGUGACCCCGGCGGCGCCGUCUCCGGACCCGGCUUCUUCCAGCGGCGCGGACCGUGACACCCCCGCCUCCUCCGCCGCCGCCGCCCCCCAGAAAAGAACUUUUGCUUCCGUCGCCCAGCGUGUGAUCAUACAGGAGAGGCUUAGAAAAGCAGAAGAGGAAGAAGAUUCUGAGGAAGAAGAUGAAGAACCCGAGGAAGACUUAUCUAAGGAGCAGAUGGAGGAGAAGGCCAAAGCGGGUGAUGCCAGAGCUCAGACCCGACUGGGCCAGCACUACUUGAUUCUGGCGGAAGAGAAGGAGGCGGAGCUAAAUAACCGCCUGGCCGUCCACUGGCUGAUCAAAGCAGCGAGGCAGGGAAGAAAGGGCGCCGCCAGAGCCCUGCAGCGCUGUUGGGUCCGCAGAAUAGGGAUCACCGCCGAGAACCAGGAAGAUGUCCGGGCGCUGUCGGCGGAGAGCAAGUUCGAGAGGGCGGUGCGUAAAGCCGCCAUGAUGAUGUACUGGAAGCUGAAUCCGGAGAAGAAGACAAAAGUGGGCGUGGGCGAGAUGCUGGAGAACGUCAGACAGGUGGACCAGCUGCAGGAUCAGACCCGGGGCGAGACUCAGAGAGUGCUGCAGAACUUGGUCAGCGACGACACCGAUCAGUUGGUGGGUCUGGACGACUUUGUGGAGAUGACUAAAAAUUUGGCCCAAGGUAUCGCUCCUUCGUCUGCCGGAAAACGAAACCAAGGAACGGCACAAGCAGGAAGCUCUUCUCUUGAUCGUGACAGCGAGUCCUGCAAGCCUGAGCUGCUCCCCUCAGGAGAGAAAAAGCCCCACAGAGGGUCUUGGGGUUUCGGCAGAGGGAGUAUGAUGCUGGACACCAAGCAGUCGGCAGCCAUCCAAAAAGCGAUGGACAUGAAAUCACGUCUCAUGAUGCUGAACUACCCACUGGACAGCGUGGUGGAGGUCAAGGAGCACCUGGUGGACUGGGCGUCGCGGGCUGGCGUCCAGUGGCUGAGCACUGUCAUCCCCACGCAACACGUCAACACGCUCAUCUUCUUCUUCAUCAUCAGCAACCUCACCAUUGACUUGUUCUCCUUCGUCAUCCCACUCCUGGUCUUCUAUCUCUCCUUCGUCUCCAUGAUUAUCUGCACUCUGCGAGUCGUUCAGAGUACCAAGACCUGGCAGAACUUUCGAGCCCUGACGUCUCUCCUGACCCGCUUUGAACCCGGCCUGGAUGUGGAGCAGGCGGAAACCGACUUUGGCUGGAACAACCUGGAGCCGUACCUGUACUUCAUCUUCUCCGUCUUCUUCAUCAUUUUCUCCUUCCCCGUCGCCGACAAGCGCUGGAUCCCCUGCUCGGAGCUCUCCACGGUGGCCAUCUUCUUCACGGCGGUCAGCUACCAGAGCCUCAGCCCCAUGGCUACCGCGUACGCACGCCGAGCAAUGGUGAUAGAGGUUGCAUCGUCGCUUUGUAGCCUGACACAGUUCCUGCCGCAGAACAUGACGAGGCUCGGCUUCCUGGGACGCACCUUUGCCACGCUGCCUCUCGGGGAGUCCGUAGUGCUCCAUCUCAGUAUUCCCUGUCUGCUGUAUGUUUGUCUUUUCUACCUGUUCUUCAGCAUGGCCAGGAAGCGUGGCUUCCGAGGGACGUACUGCAUCCUGGUGCCCUACUUGGUGUGCUUCAUGUGGUGUGAGUUCUCCGUGGUGCUUCUCCAGAAUUCCACCGCCGUCGGCAUAAUCCGCACCUGCGUCGCCUACUUCCUCUUCCUGUUUGCGCUGCCCGUCCUGGCGUUGGGCCUCGCCGUCAUGCUCCUCAUCCAGCUCUUCAAGUGGUUCCUAGAGCUGGAGCUCACCAAAAUGAUCGUCACCUUGGUCGUGUGCGCCAUCCCCGUCAUCCUGCGUCUGUGGACGCGCUUCAGCACGUCUAUUCUGGACGUUUUCCGCUCGCUGACGCGCCGCGGCCCCGUCAAACUCAUCCUACUUUGCAUCUCCAUGGUGAUCCUCCUCUUCUCCGUCUACGUGUAUCACGCGGAAGGUCAGAAAGUCUACAACUCCACCCUGACUUGGAACCAGUACAGCCAAGCCUGUGGACCGCCCGCCUGGCAGUCCAAAGGUGUGGCCAAGACACAGAUCUUCUGUAGCCACCUGCAGGGCCACAGGGUCACCUGGACCGGACGUUUUAAGCACGUCAGCGUUGCUGAGACGGAGAACGGGGCGCAGUCCGUCAUCAACAUGUUGCCGGUCUUCCUUGGGGACUGGCUGCGAUGCCUCUACGGACAGACGUACCCUCUAUGCGAGCCGAAGAACGUGACGGUGGCGAACUUGACAGCUUCCGGCGCCACAGUCUCGCUGCCCGUGUUGCUACAGAUGCAAGAAGAGGAGGAGUUAUGUCAGAUCAAAGCCUUGGCCAAACACACCUGCCACGUCAAGCGCUUCGACAGCUACAGGUUCCAAGUCACCGUAGGGAUGACCAGGGAUGAAAGCGUUGAGGCGGACGACCCGGGCAGGGACAUCGUGCUCAUUGCCAGCAAUGAGUUCCGACAGGUUCUCUUCAACCUGGAACCCGGUAACAUGGUGGAGUUCUGUACCAAGCUGGAGGGCCGUUUAGGGGCGAGGGCCCCGGCCUUCGAGUUGAAGGCGGUCAACUGCCUGGACUGUGUUUCGCCGAUGUUGACCGGGGGCAGGCAGGUGAAGAUCGAGAGAGACUGGAGACGUACCACCAUGCGAGCCCUGAAGUUCGCGUUCGACUUUUUUUUCUCUCCCUUCUUGUCCGCAAAGAUCACGGGCUGAGGACACACACCCGGCAGCUCAGACUGAGGCAGAACUGCUCUGUCGUUAAGUGAUGUUUACUUUUUUGAUUGUUGCUCUUCUUCAUGCAGGAGUUGACACAACAGUUUGUUUACAUACGUCUUAAAGGCCUACUGAAAGCCACUACUAGCGACCACGCAGUCUGAUAGUUUAUAUAUCAAUGAUGAAAUCUUAACAUUGCAACACAUGCCAAUACGGCCGGGUUAACUUAUAAAGUGACAUUUUAAAUUUCCCGCGAAACUUCCGGUUGAAAACGUCUAUGUAUGAUGACGUAUGCGCGUGACGUCAAUGGUUGAAACGGAAGUAUUCGGACACCAUUGAAUCCAAUACAAAAAGCUCUGUUUUCAUCGCAAAAUUCCACAGUAUUCUGGACAUCUGUGUUGGUGAAUCUUUUGCAAUUUGUUUAAUGAACCAUGAAGACUGCAAAGAAGAAAGCUGUAGGUGGGAUCGGUGUAUUAGCGGCCGGCUGCAGCAACACAACCAGGAGGACUUUGACUUGGAUAGCAGACGCGCUAUCCGACGCUAGCCGCCGACCGCACCGAUGAUCGUGGUGAAGUCCUUCGUCGCUCCGUCGAUCGCUGGAACGCAGGUGAGGACGGGUGUUGAUGAGCAGAUGAGGGCUGGCUGGCGUAGGUGGAUAGCUAAUGUUUUUAGCAUAGCUCUGUGAGGUCCCGUAGCUAAGUUAGCUUCA